UCAAAUCAGCGCCCGGCUUAAGCCAAGUACGCACACUGACGCUCGAGGGUAUUGGUGACCACAGCUUGAGCGUUCAGUCUGUGAAGCUGCGUAGCAGGAGUUGGACCAACUUGGAGGACCGUCGACUAUUUGUCCGUUUGGCCCGGAAUUCGGAAUCCGGAUCUACGUGAAGCAUACAGUGCACUGUAGAAAUUGAGGAGGUCGACUGAUAGAUUUGUUGGUGUGGUCGUCAGGAACGGGUAGACCGACCUGCUGCAGGUAUUCCGUCGUUCUACCUUCUGUCUUCUUCCAUGUAUUGGUCAGAGCAUGAAUGAAUCGCGCGCGCACAUACAACGUGAGCAGAACAAGUCCCGUGUUCGUGUGCUGUGGCGAGGUAGAAGUAUCGCAGUGGAAGCAACCAGUAGCCAGUCGACGUCUAACGAAGAAGGAAGAAAAUAAUAAUUAAAUAAUCUCUGGGAAGCAGUAGCAGUAGCAGAUCCAAACAACACACCACAAUCAUUUAAAUUUGGACGCGACCAGGCGCCGUAAAUAAGUCGAUUAAUCUCGCGAUUGCGGAAUUUCGUCGUGCGUAGUUGCGCAGAUGUUGUAUGCUGCCGGGCUGGUCGUCGUCUAACGAAGAAGCAACGAGAGACAGUCAGCAGCCCUCGGGACGAUGGAUCACGAACAGCAGACGGCCCAGUUUGCCGAGCUGAUGCAGGACAUCCGGCGGAUCAACAUCGACGGGGAAACAAUUGAGCUGACCUACCACCUGCGGAAGUUUGCCGAAAUCUUCCAGCGGUACAUCUCCGACGACCGGACGUUGAGCGACCUGUUCAGCUACCUCAACCGGGAAGCGUUGGCCGAUGGCAAGUUUGCCGUUAACAUGGCCGCCGUGUUCGCGUCCCGCCAGCUGGACGAUCUGGUCAUCAAGGAGACGAAGCUGCGCAACGCGAUGCUGACGAUCCUGCAGCAGAACUUUCAGAGCAUUGAAAAGCUAAAGUUUGAAGGGAUGAGCAGGUUCUACAACUCGAUCACGCUGCUUGGCGAAUACUACCACAGGAAGAAGUUUGCGAAUGGGAAGCGGAUAUUGAUUUUGGGUCAGAGUUUGCUGCUGCUGUUGACGACGGAGCUGGAGAGUGAGAUUAAAAAGUGCGAGGAGUUGGAGGGGUACACGAUCGAUCCGGAGUUUGCCAAGGUGAUAUUGACGCAGGUCACGCUAAACGGGGGUGAGGCCAAGACGGAACACAAGCAGGAGAUUGACGAUUUGAACUACUCGAUACGAAAGUGCCUGAUCAAUGUGGGUGGGAUGAGUUCGCGGGCGAAGGCUUAUCUGCUGAUGGCGCUGGACUUGUUCUACAUGAACUUCAACUUGGGCCAGAAGCUGCUGGAGAAGUUGUACGGCAAGUACCUGUUUGAACCGGAUGAGGACACUUCGACAAAGCCGGAGGGAAAGAGCAGCGAUGGGCCGGCACCUGCAAAGAAGGAGGACACCCCGGUGGUGGAAAAGUCUGAGUCAAACUCCACCGGCACCAGUGGAACGGGUUCCAAAUCAGCAUCGAAGAAACCUGCCGAAAAGACUGAUCAAUCGCGCAAGCAGCAGCGCAACUCGAAACCUGCCCCAGUCAAACCCCGUCGGAAAGAGGAACCGGUUUCACCGGUGGUCACAAGCAGGCCAUCCCCGUCCACUCCGCCCAAGAAAUCUCCCCAAGCGCGUGUUCGACCUUCGCUGAACCACACGUCCCCACGCAAAGAUCAGCAGCGCAACGUCAGAACACCCGCGGCCACAACCACCCCCAAGUCCCCCCUCCAGAGGCGUACCCCGCCGGAAAAGCUCAAGCAGCUAACCACCACUCCACCACCCCCGAACCCAUCGGUCCUAAAGCAAAACUGCAAAGCCACCGCCAAGAACCACAACCACAACUCGACGACCAGUCCCAACACCAGCUCCAACAACUCCAACUCGCCCGGAAGUGGCCACGGCGGUGGCGGUGGCGGUCACACCCAGUCCGGUGGUGGCGGCGGCGGUGGCAAACCCCUGAAGCUGCAGAUGCCCACGUCCGGAACCGGAACUGGACUGGGACUCGGCCACGACGACAACGUCGAGAACCUCGCCUGGGACGAUCUCACGCUGGAGGACGAAUCGCCGCAAAAGAUCAACCCCCACACCAAGUCGUUCCUGUCGUUUCUGGCGCAAAAGUGAUCUCUUCCUGCCGGAGUAGGUGGGACAGCUGCAACAAAUGUGCCGUAAAACGUGUAACUAUUUUAAAGGACGAAAAGUGCAUUUUAAUUUUGUCUGUGGUAAAAAUGUCGAUUUUGUGAUAUGCACGUCGGGGAGUCGUCGGAGAAAGCUUUUAGAAUAAACCGUGUAGGACAACCGGAGCAGGGAGCAUCUGUUUCUUUCCGGGGAUAAAUAGAGUUUUUAAGAGUCGAUAGAUUAGGCGCAAUUUUUUGUCCACGUUUUUUUUUAUUAUUUCCCUUUCUUUGUUCUUCAGUGGUAAUAUAUUAUUUGUUUAGUAAAA